AUGGGAUCUGGCAAUGAGGUUCACUCAGUAGUGGAGUUCAGUCUGGAUGCAAAGUGGCUUAUAGAUCCAAAGCAACUAUUUGUUGGGCCAAAAAUUGGGGAAGGUGCCCAUGCCAAAGUGUAUGAGGGAAAAUAUAAAAAUCAGAAUGUUGCUGUUAAGAUCAUUAAUAAGGGUGAAACCCCAGAACAGAUCUCUAGAAGAGAGGCUCGGUUUGGCAGAGAGAUUGCAAUGCUAUCUAGAGUUCAACAUAAAAAUCUAGUAAAGUUUAUUGGGGCUUGCAAAGAACCAGUUAUGGUUAUAGUAACUGAACUUCUGUUAGGGGGAACAUUGCGCAAAUACCUGUGGGGUAUCCGGCCAAACUGCUUGGAUAUGCGUGUGGCAGUUGGAUUUGCUCUUGAUAUUGCCCGAGCAAUGGAAUGCUUACACUCUCAUGGGAUCAUUCAUCGUGACCUUAAACCUGAUAACUUGAUCUUGACAGAAGAUCAUAAAACUGUUAAACUUGCCGAUUUUGGUCUAGCCAGAGAAGAGUCCUUAACAGAGAUGAUGACUGCUGAAACAGGGACAUAUCGUUGGAUGGCUCCAGAACUUUACAGCACUGUCACUCUAAGACAAGGGGAGAAGAAGCAUUACAACCACAAGGUGGAUGCCUACAGUUUUGCUAUAGUGUUGUGGGAGCUCAUCCAUAAUAGGUUGCCUUUUGAAGGCAUGUCAAAUCUACAGGCUGCAUAUGCAGCUGCAUUUAAGAAUACAAGGCCAAGUGCUGAAGACCUCCCUGAAGAUUUAGCUUUGAUUGUGACCUCUUGUUGGACAGAGGACCCAAAUGAUCGACCCAAUUUUAGUCAAAUAAUACAGAUGCUGCUUCGGUAUCUAACUACCAUUUCACCGGCCGAGCCAGUUCUUCCAAUGCGAAUUGCAUCAUCCAAGAAUGCUGUUUUGCCGCCAGAAUCUCCGGGUACAAGUGCUUUAAUGGCGAGAAGAGAUGAUUCUGGAGAAACCUCAAAAGUUGAUAUUGAAGGCAGGUCUAAAGGGUGUUUCUUCUGCUCUAACCAGUGUUACUGA